UACAGACAGUCAGUCAUGUCUGGGUUCAGCCGGGAGGUGCAGCUCGCCACCGGGCUCCUGCUGGGCGGGUCCGGGUCCGGGUCCGGGUUCGGGUCCCUGCCGCUGCUGCAGCUGCACCGGGAGCUGGUGCAGCGCUGCGACCUGAGCGAGGAAGAGUUCUGCUUCAUGGUCCAGAAGUGUCCCCGGUUCCUGCUGGUCCGCGACCCCGCGGCGGACGGCGCGCUGCGGCCGGAGGACUGCACGGUGGUCGCCCAGACCUCCCUCCGCCUCUGCAGCCGCUACGGCCGGGGACAGUGCCCCGGGGGACCGGGACCAGGAGGACCGGGACCAGGAGGAGCAGGAGGACCAGAAGGACCUGGAGACUGCCAGCAGCUGCACCUCUGCAAGUACUUCAUCUAUGGGACCUGCAGGUUCGGGAAGGGAAGGAAGCCGUGUAAAUUCUCCCACGACCUGCGCUCCGACCACAACCUGAGGCUCCUUAGAGACUGCACGCUGCACGAGCUGAACCAGGACCAGCUAAUCCUGUUGCUCCUGCAGAAUGACCCGGGACUACUGCCGGAGGUGUGUCAGCACUAUAACCGUGGCGGCGGUGGCGGUUCUCAGGGCGGCUGCAGCUUCGGCGCCACCUGCUCCAAGGUUCACCUGUGUCAGCACUUCGUCCAGGGUUCCUGCGCCUUCGGACGCCACUGUCACCGUCUCCACGCCGUCGACCCGCCGGGGCGCCGCGCACUGGAGGAUCGAGGGCUGAGCGAUGACAUCAUCAGCCAGCUGCCGUCCAUCUACAGGAACGUCCAACACCUCGCCACCGCUGCCGCCGCCGCCACAGAUAAAAUCUCAGAUUCUUCGUAUAACGGCGUCGAUCAGACGGACGAGCGGCAGGAAAUCUGUCUCCACUUCACCAGAAACAGCUGCAAGUUUCAAGACCAGUGUCGCCGGGUUCACUUCCACCUGCCGUAUAAGUGGGAGGUGUUCGAUGGCGUGGGCUGGACGGACCUGCCGCACAUGGAGGACUUGGAGCGAGACUUCUGUGACCCGUCAAAGACCCAGAGCGGCGGUGAUCGGCCCGUGGACUUCCUGACCAUGACUCAGGCCCGGCGGCACGUUCGGCGUCUCUCCACGGCGUCCUCUGUCACCAAGCCGCCGCACUACCUCCUGACCACUCGGUGGCUCUGGUACUACAAGGGGGACCGCGGGAACUGGGUGGAGUACGGGCAGCCGGAUGAGAAGCUGCGGACCACCUCGGUGACGUCGAGGACUCUGGAGGAGGCGUUCCUGUCCCACAGAGACCACCAGGUCCCUGUGGUGAAGGGACAGAGACACUACGUCCUCAGCUUCAAAGACAUGUACCAGAGGAACCCCAAACACCAGACCAAGAGACGAGUCCGCCGCCGGCCCCACUUCCUGUCCCAGUCUGAGGUGGAGCUCAGCAGAGGGACCUGGACCUGAAGCACUCUGGACUCGUCAGACCGGAUCGAGUGCCUCAUCCUGGCCCCACAGCUGGACUGUUAACCCUUCGGACUCCUUCUGGUCCUGGAGAUAAACUUGUUGACUAAAUCAUAAAUCUGAUUUAGAUAAAGAUGUUUUUACUCUCCGUUCUAUUUUUAUACUGAAUAUAUUCAACCUUUUAUUAUUUAGAGGAUUCACUGCUGAAUGUCUUUGACUGUAAACGUCUCCGAGUGGACGAGUCUGUUACUGGUUCAGGGUUCAUGGUCCUCAGAGGAUCCACCUCCACAACUCCCAAUGCUAACCUUAGCCUGUUAGCUUCUCUCAGCUAGCUGUAAUGAUCACAUGCUAACAUAAUAAUAGGUCACAUAAUCAUCUUAUAUUUUAUAUUUUUAUAUGUUUAAGAGUUUAUUCUUCCUGCAGGUCAAACGUCAGUAAUACUUGGUUCAUGUUCUUUCUUUCUUUUAUUGGUUUAAACUGUUUAUAGCUUCAGUUACAUUUAAUGAUAUUUGAAUAUGAUUUUCUGGGGAAAACUUCUGUAUUUCAACAAUCUCUCACCAUGUUAUUUUCAUCAAUUACAUGACAAUAAACCAUACAGAUGAAUAAUGAA